AUGCGCGCGACGAUGGCUGGUACAACGUCGCUACCUGUCGAUCCGCCAGGCCAUCAUCAUUCUCGAGUCGUUUGCGCGUAUGAUUAUCCAGCGUAUCAUAGAGAUGGAGGAGCCAUUCUUCACGACCAUCAUCAUCACCAUCACCAUCAUAACCAUCACCAUCACCAUCAAAGUACCGCUACUUCAUUACAGGUUGGUGGUGGUGGUGGUUCCCAACAACAUACUACUACUAGUCACCACCAAUCAAAGAGAAAGGAAGUAAGAUUCUUUUCUGAUUUUAGGGCCGAUGGUAAAGAACCUACUACGCCAACCUCUACUACGCCCACUAAACCCUUUGUUCGUCCAUCGUCGUCGCGCGGAGUUCCACCCUUGAUGAUCGGCACGCGAAAGGAGCAACAUCCCUCACCCAGUCUCACCCCCAUCUCCUCACCGAGUUCCACCACCCCUUCCGACUCGUCACCUCCCUACUCUCCACCAGUCUCUCCUAAAAAAGACACUCAACAACAACAACAACAACAUCCUUCACCUGUAUUUAAUUCCACUGUAGAGUCGUCAUCCUCUUCAUCAUCAUCGACUUCUAAACAGAAAUCCAAACCUCCUCCACUUAAUAUUUUUGAUCACCAUGGUGGCUCUCGUCCAUCUUCAUCAAAAAACCCUUCUGGGUUGUCGGUCAAUGUCAAUUCAAACGAUCAUGCCAAACAACAACCGAUUGUUAUCAAAUCAAGUACUGGUACAUCGCCAAGAGAGCAACAACAGAUAUCUUCAUCGUCACCAUCUAUAUCAAUCUCCUCCUCCUCUUCACCGGGUCCAAGUGGAACAGCCCCUCAGCAACAACAGGGACGCAGUCGAACAUACUCACUCAAUUUAAAUAGUCGUGCGAUUAGUGCAAACAACUUUAGCAAUAGUACUGCCGUGGCAUUGGGGAACAAGCUCAGCGAACCAGUGUCGCCGGGUAAAGGACAACCGAUCGUCAACCCAGUAUCGCCACGUCUGUCAUCCGUGUCACCACGUGCCAAGUUCCCAGCAUUUGUUUAUUUCCCAUCGACGUCGCCUAGUGUCAAGACACCGUCGUCGCUGUCGCGUACCUAUUCGUCACUUGGCGGUGCACCUAAAAAGACCGAGCCGAUCCCCCCACCCCAGCUGCCCAUCUACAAGGCCACGACGUCAAUGCCGCUGAUCAACGCACAUUUUGCCAACGUUCUAUCUCCGCGUCGUCGUAGCAAGUCGAUCAUUGUCAAGGAAUCAGAUGCCGAAGAGUUUCUCUUUAUCGACUAUGCCAAGCAAAACUUUGAGCAGCGCAGCAAAAAGUCGCUGAUCCGCAAGCGUAAUGUCACCUAUGACAUGCUUGUAUCGUUUGCCAAGAAGUUGUCGUCCCCCUUGCACAAGUUCAACGACGCCAACCUUGAGAAGCUGUCGCUCGAGAUAUUCAACCACAUCCUCAUGUACAUGGGCGACCAAGAGCGCAAAAAGUCCCUGGCAUCAACCGCCAUCUACAUUGUCAAGACGGCACUCGAGCACAUCGACCUGCGCGACGAGGUCUACUGCCAGCUGGUCAAGCAGAUCACACGCCACCCCAAGCGCGAGAACAAGAUCCGCGGCUGGGAGCUGCUGUCGAUUUGCUGCGGGUCGUUCCCGCCCAACCAGCGUCUGCUCAAACACCUUUCUUUGGAUGAUUUACGCGGCAUUAUUGUCAACUUUAUAAUGUCGCUUCCCUUUUAUGGCAGUGCCAUCUUUUUGGAUUGUACGCAAGAUCAAUGGAGUGAGGUUGAAAUCGCAGGAGGUGCAUUUGAUGGCUUCCACGUCGUCAUUGACAUCAAUGGUGUACAUAUCAUUUCCAAACAAGCCAUCGAUUAUAAAAAGAUUGAUGAGUAUUUAUUAGAUGACGAUUCAAAUAUUCCAAAAACUCCUAGAGGUGAUGGAGAAAACAAUAAUAAUAAUAACAAUAAUAACGGAACCAAUAAUAAUAAUAAUAAUAAUAAUAAUAAUAGUAGUGGGGGUAUAUCAACAAAUGUAAAUAAUAAUAAUAAUAAUAACAAUAAUAGUAAUACUAAUUCUUCUGAUAAUAAUAAUAAUAAUAAUAACAAUAAUAAUACUGGUGGAGGUAAUAAUAAUAAUACUGAUAAUGCGAAUGGAUUGGUAACUGUGAAUCCAGAUGGUUCAAUGGUUGACAAUUCGAUUAUUGAUAAUAAUAAUGCAGUGAUCGGUUUGACUAGAUUACUGAUUGGUCAAAAACCAAGAAAGAAUUUCAAGGUCAUUGAAACGUAUAAAUACUCUCAAAUUGCAUCAUGUGAUAUUGAACAAGAUGGCAAGACACUCAGUGUGAGAAUUGGCGGUGACGAAGAAGAUCUCGUUCUUCAGUCCCCACAAUGCUCGGAAAUGGCAGUCCUCAUCAACGGAUACAUCACCCAUCUGUCUGCUGACAGCAAGUGUGCUAUUGCCAUUAGAGACUAUUCCAUCCCAUCAGAACCAUUCUCUUUCAAAAAAGGUAAUCUACUUACGAUUACUGAACGUGGUGAUCUUGGUUGGUGUUCUGGUACUGUCAAGCAAGAAGAUGGAGGUACUGGAGUAGUCGGUAAUUUCCCACUUGAAUACGUCAGAAUUUUGAUUGGACAACCAACCGCCAGUGCCUCGUCUGAAACCCCCGUUGUUUCAAGAUCGUCUCAAAAAAAGACUAGUCGGUCUGCCAAACACUUUGAUAACCAAGCCAACUCUUCAAUCUUUAAUAUCAAACAAGUUGAAAAUACCAAGCAUCCUCUUAUGCCCUACGCCAUCAAUCGUUAUCGUUCCAUUACUGCUGUUAAAUUGGGUGAUAUCUUAAAACAUACUCCUAAUUGUUCUGAUACCAAUUUAUUUAUUUCAGAUUUACCAUUAGAGAUACAAAAAGAUAUUGGUGAUUUAUUUAUUGAAAUUAUGAAAUAUAUGGGUGAUAUACCUCUACCUCCAAAGGAACGUAAAAGUAGAUUACUUCAAAAUAUUAUUCAACGAUGUAUAAAUAAGCCAAGACUACGUGACGAUAUUUAUUUUUUUAUUUGUAGACAAUUAACCUUGAAUCCAAAUAGUGAGGGUACUAGAAAAGGAAUUUUAUUAUUUAGUUUAUGUGCAGGAUGUUUCCCAGCAACUGCCGAGUUUUUCCCAUAUAUUAGACAAUUUUUAGCGGCAUUGGAGAAUAAAUACACCAAACAGUGUAUUGUUAAAUUGCAAGCGACAUCACUCAAAGGACCGAGAUUGUAUGGUCCAUCAAAAAAAAGAGACACAUGCAGCCAAGGAAAACAGAAGCAUGGUGAUCAAGAUCCAUUUGGCCAACGGUCCACCACGACAAAUCGAGAUUGGUCCCUCGACGACGGCACACGAAGCACUCAAGAUGAUCUUGACUGA